UGAGAAAGGAGAGGAUUGGAAGGCCGGGCGUAUAAAGCCGCGCAGAGAGCGUGAAACAAAGCAGUCGGAUCGGAAUUGGACUUGGGAGGCGCGGUGUGGAGUCAAGCAUAAAACUUGUUGGAGAGGAAUAACGAGCUGGCUCCUCUCGUCCCCCUCCACCUCUGCGCUGAGCUUCAGGGGUUUCCACCAGCCUUGCGAUUUAUUUUUAUAUUUGCUUUUUACAGAGAUAAAUCUAUCUAUCUAUCUAUAUUUUUUUUCUUAAGAGAACAUUCCUGUUCCAAGAGACUAUAAGGCAACAUCAAUGAAGGAGAGAAGAGCCAGCCAAAAAUUAUCCAGUAAAUCUAUCAUGGAUCCUAAUCAGAACGUGAAAUGCAAGAUAGUCGUGGUGGGAGACAGUCAGUGUGGGAAAACCGCGCUGCUGCACGUCUUCGCCAAGGACUGCUUCCCCGAGAAUUACGUCCCUACUGUGUUUGAGAAUUACACGGCCAGUUUUGAAAUCGACACACAAAGAAUAGAGCUGAGCCUGUGGGACACUUCGGGUUCUCCAUACUAUGACAACGUUCGUCCCCUCUCUUACCCAGAUUCAGAUGCUGUGCUGAUUUGCUUUGACAUCAGUAGACCUGAAACUCUGGACAGUGUCCUUAAAAAGUGGAAGGGUGAAAUCCAGGAGUUUUGUCCCAAUACCAAAAUGCUCUUGGUUGGCUGCAAGUCUGAUCUGAGGACAGACGUUAGUACUUUAGUAGAGCUCUCAAAUCACAGGCAGACACCAGUGUCAUAUGAUCAGGGGGCAAAUAUGGCCAAACAGAUUGGAGCAGCUACUUAUAUUGAAUGUUCAGCUUUACAGUCAGAAAAUAGUGUCAGAGACAUUUUUCACGUUGCCACCUUGGCAUGUGUAAAUAAGACAAAUAAAAAUGUUAAGCGUAACAAAUCACAGAGGGCCACAAAGCGGAUUUCACACAUGCCUAGCAGACCAGAACUCUCAGCAGUUGCUACGGACUUAAGAAAGGACAAAGCAAAGAGCUGCACUGUGAUGUGAAUCUUUCGUUAUCUUUAAUGAGGACAAGUGAGUCUAGUGUAAAAACAAGAGUGAAACUAAAAGGUGAAGUCUGAAUGAAGUGCACAGCCAAAGCCAAGUACGCGGCAGACUUAGGAGGCCCCUAAGAGGACACACAUCUUUGUGGAAUCCUGUCCUUAGGCUUGGCAUGUAGAUCGAGUGGUGAGAAGUGAAUACAUUGAAGUGUUUUGAAGUGUGACUUGAAAAAUAUGCCAAAAAAGAGAUACAAAUGGGCUAGAGAUAGGUGAGGAGGAAGAUGAGUACCUCCAAGAAGAAAAAUCACACUGAGUGGUGCUUGCGCUUUUCUUUGGGGGGGUUGUUUUGUUUUCUUGUUAUGUUCUAUUCAUGGAUCUCAACUUUGAUUUAACUUUUAAAUGUUUUAAUCUCUACAAAGAAUAUAUAUUAAUAUACCAUCCUCAUUGGGGAACUGGCACUGUGACCUUAGCAUUUAGUUUUCUAGAGGAUGUGAUCUAAUUUCCUCCUAGCUCAUCAUUAAAAUGGAAAUUGUAUCAGGACCCAUGGGAUUCCAGAGGGAAACUUCAUGAGGCUUUGAAAUCUGGCCUUCCUGAAGAUGGCUGAUGAGAGAGAUGGUUCUAAAGAAAGGCGUCUGCAGCCUUGCAAGAUUGUAGAUCAGCACUACAAAGAUUGCAUAGAUCAAAUAGAAAGAAGUGUUGAUUUUUAUUCAGUCUGAUCGUUCUGUUCAUAAUUGUGACUGUCAUUAACAAGUGGUAAAUUGCUCAAUGUAAUAUUUUUGUGCACUGUUUAGAAAAGAGGGUGUGUGAUUUUUUUUUUUUGCCAUCAUUGAUAAAAAUGCAAAGUCAAAUAAAAGUGUCUUGCUUUGUGUCAUAGAAUGAUACAAGGGAGAAAAGCAUAGGUACUGUUUUCACCAAGAGAGAUAAUGAAGGAAUAGUAGCAGAAAGCACAGUUUGUGAGUAAAGGUGUCAGGAAAUAAGUUACCAAAUGUACAGAGCAGAUGAACUCUUAUUUUGAGACGAAGCUCCACUUGGCGGCAUCUAAUGAUCUGUUGGUUUAUUUCACUUUCCUUAAAUGAACAUUGACUUGAGAAGGACCCACUUACCCGAGCUUUAGAGAAUCUCUAGUAGAAAAUUACAUAACACCAGUCCUGACAUUACACUAGGGCAUUUCUCUCUCUCUCUCUCUCUCUCUCUGUCUCUCUCUGUCUGUCUUUCCAUCUCCCCCCCUCCUCCCUCCCUCCCUUCUUUCUGAGAGAGAUUGCUAAGACCUACUCAACCAGAUUCAGCCAGGGUCCAGGUUUAAAACUCAAUCUUUGUUUUUACAUAAAAUAAUCAGCGUUUAAAAUAGUUUACAAAUAGAUUUUUGACCUCUUCCAUUUAGGGAUUCUUUCAGAGAAGCAGCCAGAUCUGACUUGUCUAUUGUUGGCUUGUUAAAAACGAGCUUUCUUUCCAAUGAUAAUGCUUCAUUUUUGAAGUGUUGAAGCUGUGCUCCCAUUAAAUUGUGGCAGGAGAGUAGAUUGAGGUGAUUACAACACUCAGUUCUGUGUCUUACCAGCACUUUGUUUUGUCUCUGCAAGAAAAUACCAUUCAAAUCAUUUCCCACAAAAUACAGAAAUUUUCCGAACAUAAUAUUCUUUGAUUGAUGCAGCAUUAUGCUUUGGGCAGUAUUACAAAAUAGCAGGCAAGUGCUUUCUGUAUUUAAAUAUUGUAAAAAGAAAAUAAGUUAUAACUGUUAUAAAGCAGAACCUUUGUUGCAUUUUUUUA